GAGCUCAGGACGCCCCUCUCUCUCUCUCUCACUCUGCCUACAAAGCCAACCUAGCUCUAUCUUUCCUGCUUUUCUAUCAUGGAAAUGUUUUUAAAUACGUGGCGUUAAGAGUGUUGCUUUUAUUUUUCACUUUCUUAUUCUGAAAUGUACGACCGUCUGGAUCCCCGCUCGGCCGAGAGAGGACGGCUUUUUGUAGGUUUAAUACAAGGAAGCGUCGUCUGAGAGAGGGAGAGAGGGGGAACGAUUGACGCUUUUUCCUCCUCUUCUCCUCCUUCUUCCUUUCGCCCCCCUCUCCUCCUCUUUUUGGCGGAGAGAGGGGUUGAGGCAGGAAUAAACGCUUUUUUCUUUUUUUCUUUUUCUUUUUCUAAAUGCAUUUGAAUCCUACUGCGCAACCAGACCGGAUCACGUGGGGUUGGAGAGAGUUGGAUCGAUUUUGCAUAGUUCAAUGUGAGAGAAAGAGAGAGAAACAAACUCCUAUUUCUUUUUUACUUCAGUGGAUAACUGGGACUGUUGAUACUUUUGCAUAAUUGCAUGAGAAGGGUCAGUUUGAGUGGGUUCUUUUUUUUCAGCCUUGGAGGUGUGGAGUAUUAAUUCUUAUAUGCCUGGGGUUUGAAAAACAAUGGAGACGCACAUUUCGUGCCUCUUCCCGGAAAUUUUGGCCAUGAUUUUCAGCUAUCUGGACGUGAGGGACAAAGGCAGGGUAGCCCAAGUGUGUAUCGCUUGGAGGGACGCAUCCUACCACAAGUCAGUGUGGAGGGGGGUGGAGGCCAAGCUGCAUCUCCGCCGGGCCAAUCCUUCCCUGUUCCCCAGCCUCCAGGCCAGGGGCAUCCGGAGGGUCCAGAUCCUGUCCCUGCGCCGCAGCUUGAGCUAUGUGAUCCAGGGAAUGCCUAACAUCGAGUCCCUCAAUCUGUCCGGCUGCUACAACCUCACGGAUAACGGGCUGGGUCAUGCAUUUGUGCAGGAGAUCCCAUCACUGAGAGUUUUGAACCUCAGUCUGUGCAAGCAGAUCACAGACUCCAGUCUAGGCAGGAUAGCUCAGUAUCUGAAGAACCUGGAGGUGCUGGAGCUUGGUGGCUGCAGCAACAUCACCAACACUGGGCUUCUGUUGAUAGCCUGGGGCCUCCACAGGCUCAAGAGCCUCAAUCUGAGGUCCUGCAGGCAUGUCUCGGAUGUGGGGAUUGGACAUUUGGCAGGCAUGACCCGCAGCGCAGCAGAGGGCUGCUUGAACCUGGAGUACUUGACUCUCCAGGACUGUCAGAAACUGACAGACUUGUCACUCAAACACAUUUCCAAGGGGCUGACUAAGCUCCGGGUACUGAACCUGAGCUUUUGUGGCGGGAUCUCAGACGCAGGGAUGAUCCACCUCUCCCACAUGGCCUCCCUGUGGAGCCUCAACCUACGCUCCUGUGACAACAUCAGCGACACAGGGACCAUGCACCUCGCCAUGGGCACCCUAAGGCUCUCCGGGCUUGACGUUUCCUUCUGCGAUAAGAUAGGGGACCAGACCCUGGCAUACAUUGCCCAGGGGCUGUACCAGCUCAAGUCCCUGUCCCUGUGCUCAUGUCACAUCUCUGACGAUGGGAUAAACCGGAUGGUAAGGCAGAUGCACGAGCUUAGGACCCUGAACAUUGGACAGUGUGUGCGCAUCACGGACAAAGGGCUGGAGCUCAUAGCGGACCACCUGACCCAGCUGGCGGGCAUCGACCUGUAUGGAUGUACCAAGAUCACCAAGAGGGGACUGGAGAGGAUCACACAGCUCCCCUGCCUUAAAGUGUUGAACCUGGGACUCUGGCAGAUGACAGAGAGUGAGAAAGUGAGGUGAUUGGAAAUGUUUAGUUGUUUUUUGUUCUUUUUGUUUUUGGAUGGGGACAGAGGGGGGCAUGAGGAGCAGGAGGAGGGGGUGAUAGAUGGGCGGGGAAAUUUCUUAAUUAAAAAGAGAGAAAAACUCCCCUUUCCCUGUGUGGUUGUGUAAGGUGUGCUUCUCUCAUGUGACCAGAAUUUUCUGUUUAAUAUUUCUUUCUGUUGGCCUCGCAGGAUUUCAAUUAGCGUUUGAUAUGACUUAAUAUUCUGCCCGGUAGGAAGCAAUUAAAACGUACUUUUGUUAUGAGCUCAUGAAAAUCCCUGUUAACAAUUGUUUUGAUCUCAUCUUGAGUUUUAAUAUCAUAAAUUCUGACAUUGGACUGGAAUAACUUCAAUGUAAAUGAGCUUGUUUCACACAUUCAUAUAUAAAAAAAAAAAUCAAGUGUCAUUUGAAUCUGCUUCAUUUACUGACACUUGCUUCCAGAUUCAUUGGUGAAAGUGAAACUUGCAUCCAUCCAAACUUGCAUUCACCUUUUCAUUUAAAGAAAGUGCGAUUUUAAAACUUGAGUAUGAGACUUUUAUUUUAUUUUUAUAAUUUACCAGUGAGUCUGGAUUUGAAACAUUUACGACUAAUCUCCGCUACAGCCAUCACGCCUAAAAACAUUUGGCUACCUCGUAUGUGGUUGUUUUCAAAGGGUGUAUACUGUUAAAAAAAAAAAGAGCGAGAAUGAGAGACUGGGUGAAAAUGUGCCUAAAGGGACUGUCUGCCCCCUCCCCCACCCCCUCCCUCCCUCCUUCAUGAGCAGAGCUGGAGAAAGGAGACCACGACACAAUCAGACUACCUUUGUUAAUUUACCCCAUAAACAGCAACAAUUUCCCAGAGAGAGAGAGAGAGAGAAAGGGAAAGCGAGCUGUAAAAUCUGUUCAGAUUUGAAGAGAAUGAUGCUUUAUGCAAAAAAACAAGAAAACAUAAACCCGCUCCUGUGCAAGAGUUUCUUUUAUUGUAAGUUUUCUUAAUUUUUUUCAGGGAUGAAGUCCAACUUUAACACCCUUCAGAGACGUGUUGUGCUCAAGCUUUGACGAAUAUAAAGGAGACAAGAUUAUCAGUUUACCCUUAGACGAAAUACCUAUAGUCAUCCUAUCAGAACACUACAUCUAAUAAACAGCGAUAAGUAAAAACCAAAUAUAAGUAAGUACGUUAUAGGAAUAAUUGGUAUUUUUUGUGAGGGAUGCUGGUGGAAAUAAAUGUCAGUGGAUGUUGUUCAGAGCGUUGUACUUCAAAUUGAAGUGAUUUCUAUAUCUUAUACCCUUUACUGAUCGAAACGAAUCAGGGUUUGUCUCAUGGCUUUAUUUUCCCACGUUAACGCCAACACAGGUCGCAUUCAUAUUCAUGUUGCUGUCACUGGUAAGAGAGAGAGAGAGAGAGAGAGAGAGAGAGAGAGAGAGAGAGAGAGAGAGAGAGAGAGGGGUAUCUUUUCUCCUCUUUUCUCUACCUGAAUAAAAAUACCCUGAAUCAUCUUGAGACAUGCUUAGAAUAAGGAGCUAUCGAUUUUUUCAUUCUCUCUCUCUCUCCAUCUCGGGUUACGAGCGGAAUGCGUCUCUCUCUCUCCAUCUCCCUUUCCUUAUAUCUCUCUCCAUUUCUGACACACACACACUAACACACAUGCACACGCGGACGCGCACACGGAGGCCUGUGUGUGCGCGUUUUAAUGUAAUGCAAUGACCUGCUAGAAAAUUAAUAUACGGAUGUGCGUCCUGCUGAAAAAGCUGUGUGUGUUUGAAAAUAAAAAAGAUGUACUGUAUAUUAUGUGUUUGUAAAGAAGAAAAAAAAUGCAGAAUCCCAAAAUUAAAUUGUUUUAUAUUCUUACGGUUAAAACAAUUAAAGAUAUUUAUAUAAUGAACGAAAA